GGGCUUCCGCGUACGUCAGGGUGGGCGGGGCUUGUCGGUGCGCUAGGCACGAGAAAAUAUGGCGUCUAGAGCGUUGGGCGGACAUCGCACAUGGGUACCGCGGCUGUGCAGGCACGGAGCGGCCAUCCUGCAGCCCAAAGUCCCGGCACGUGCUCCAGCUUACAGGCUUAAGUCCUCUAUACAGUACCUAACACGGAAAGAUUUACCAAAGUUGGCUUACCAGAAACUAAAAGGCAAAAGUCCUGGAGUCAUUUUCUUACCUGGCUUUGCAUCCGAUAUGAAUGCUCAGAAAGCCGUGGCCCUCGAAGACUUCUGCAAAUCUCUUGGACACUCGUUUAUACGGUUUGAUUACACUGGAUGUGGAAACUCAGAGGGAAACAUAAAAGAGUGCACCAUUGGGAAAUGGAAGAAAGAUGUACUUUCAAUUCUGGAUGAUGUGUCUGAAGGGCCACAGAUAUUAGUUGGAUCAAGCAUGGGAGGGUGGCUUAUGCUUCUUGCUACUAUUGCUCGGCCAGAGAAGAUUGCAGCUCUUGUUGGCGUUGCCCCUGCUGCAGACCAUUUUGUUACAGUAUUUAACCAGCUUCCACUAGAGGAAAAGAAAGCAGCUGAGGAGAAAGGUGAAUGGAAACUUACCUCAAAAUACAGUGAAGAAGGCUUUUAUACUUUACCGUAUUCUUUUAUCAAAGAAGCUGAAAACCACUGCUUGUUAAAUAGCCCAAUACCCAUAACUUCUCCUAUCCGACUCAUUCACGGCAUGAAAGAUGAAGAAGUGCCAUGGCAUGUGUCCAUGCAGAUUGCAGACCGGGCACUCAGCUCCGAUGUAGAUGUCAUUCUCCGCAAACAUGGCCUGCAUCGGAUGAGUGAAAAAGAGGACAUGAAACUCCUCGUGUACACGAUUGAUGAUUUAAUUGAUAAACUCACCACUUUAGGGUAACCGACAAUGGUCUGCAGAUUACCACACCGCUUUCCCUACAUUUGGGGCUCCGUUUGAGCACAGCAUAGUAGAUGACUGCACAUGUAAUGGCUGCAAAUAGUUGUUUACGUGAAAGAGACCUCUAUUACUAUCCACUUCAGUAUUUCCCAUGUCGUUUUAUAUUUCCUAAAUAUAUCCUUUUCUACUUCCCACAGCAAAUGUGAAUAACUUUCUCACUGUACAGGACUGGAUUCACUAGUGAAAACACUAUGGCAUGUAAUAUAUGCAGAGCAAUAAAGUAUAUGUAUAAACCUCA